UCAAUGUUUGAAACCCUAAAAACACAAUCUCCUAUCAAUCUCUGUGAACACGAUCUGUACGUGUGUUCCACUUUGGUCAUCUUGAUCUGUAAGGUUAUAAUCAAAGGAUUAAACAUUUUUAGUAGUCACUAUAUCUCAGUUGUCUUUUAAAAAUAAUCCUCUUCAGAGGUUUCUGGAGAUAUGACCCUCAGAAAGUUGAUUGGCUGAGCUUCAUGCCUCCUUCUGUAUAUAAACUGAAGCAUCAUUAAGCUUGUUUAUCUUUAUUUUUUUGUCUCCUGCUGCGUCUAAACAACAACAACAGAGAUGUGGAAGUGUGCUUUUCCUUUCUUUGCAGCCCUGCUGACUGUUGGAUCCGCUCAGGUUCCAGGAGGUCCGACAGACAUCAACGCAAAUGACCCGGAAGUCCAAGCUGCUCUGAAGUUUGCUAUGAAAGAAUACAACAAGGGUUCCAGCGACCAGUACCUCUACGUAGUGGUGGAUGUGAUCAGUGUUCAGGGACAGGUGGUUGCAGGUUACAAUUACUUCCUUACUGUGAAAAUAGCCAAAACUCUGUGCAGAAAGAACUCCAAUGUUUCAGGGUGUUCUGCCAUCACAAAUUCACCCAUGGCCAAGACUUACGAAUGCACAUUCAAAGUGUUCGAACCCCUAUUCGGCAAUGAUAUGCAGCUGACGGAACAGCAGUGCCACCAGCUGCAUUCUCAACCAAGACGGAGAUCCUAAAGAUGCCCAACUUUGUUUAGUCUGUUCAGUUUAUAACUGAUAACACUGAUUUAUGUUAAGACAACUGUCUUGUAAUGUCGGGCUAUACAAAUAAAACUGAAUUGAACUGAA